AUGGUCGACAUCGUCCCUUUAAGCUCCUACCCUUCGUACAUCGACCUCCUCCCCUCAAUCCAAACAUGCAACAUCACCAACCUGCCCGAAAACUACUUCCUUAAAUACUACCUCUACCAUGCCCUCACCUGGCCCCAGCUAAGCUUCGUCGCCGUCGUCCGGCCGAAAGGCGGGUACAGCAGCAAGGGCGCGAAGGCGGGCGACGUCUCAGGCCACUACCCUAAGGUGGCGGGGUACGUGCUCGCGAAGAUGGAAGAGGAGCCUACGGACGGGAUGCAGCAUGGGCAUAUUACCAGUCUCAGUGUGAUGCGGACGCACCGGCGGCUAGGCAUCGCGGAACGGUUAAUGCGGAUGAGUCAGCGCGCAAUGGCCGAAUCCCACCGCGCAAAUUACGUCUCCCUGCACGUGCGCGUUAGCAACGUCGCCGCCCUCCACUUGUACCGCGACACGCUCCGCUUCGAGGUCGAGAAAGUGGAGAGCAAGUACUAUGCGGACGGCGAGGAUGCGUAUGCCAUGCGCUUGAACUUGGAGAGCAUGUGGAUGGAUUGGAAGGCGAUUGAGGCGCGGGACCGGGAGAACGCGAAGGACGAGGACGCGGAUGAGGGCGAGCCAGUGGGCGAGCUGGGGAAGAAGGACGCGGCGGAGGACGAUAAGAUGGUGCGGGUGAAGGUUGGGCGGGGGCUGGGUGUGGGCGACCUUGUGGAGAAGAAUGAGUCGCAGCAGUCAUGA